GGAACCGGGAGAGCGCGCGCGCGCGCGCGCUAGUAAAGCCCUUUCUGCGCUGUUAUCUCGGUCUUUCGCCCGUUGUUCUCCGAGUGCGCACCGGUGACCCAAGCGAAGGGUGUUGCCCUCUGCUCGCCUGGAGCUUGCCCACGGCCGCCGUCGGUGGGUGAGAGGGAGCCGACACACGCCGCCGGCUGCGGAGGGCGGGCGGGCACGCAGUGCUGGAAAACUGAACUUAUCUGAAAUGGCAUUUAGCCUUUGAAGAGAUAUCUAUUUGCUCACUAUAGGCGGCAGCACCUUAUUUCUGUCCCCCACCACUGGGAAUGAGUGGGACUCAGAGCAAUGACAGUGUUCCAGUCAUAAUAAAAGAAGAAAUGCAGAGUAAGGACAAUCCAGAAGAGGCGAUACCUUUAUUUAGAUGACUAAAAAUGAACCAUUCAAUGUCCUUGUUCUUCAGUUAAACUUAGACCUUUAGAGGAGCUAAACGUUAAGGAAGGACUGAGUUAACAAGAUCUGGAUGUAGAAGAACAAAAAUAUUAAUAUCUCCGACAUCUGAAAACAAGACGACUCGUCUGACUGGAAAACUGAAGACUUCAGGAACAAACUCUACAAAGUCAAAAUGAAUACAGAUAGUGGUGGGUGUGCUCGCAAACGUGCUGCCAUGUCUGUCAAAUUAACAACUGUGAAGAGAGUUCAGAGUUCUCCAAACCUAUUGACUGCAGGACUUGAUGCUCAGUCACCAGAUUCAGCUUGGAGAUCAUUUAACAGUGGGAGUAGAGAGACACUGAAUGGAGACACUAGCAGCUCCACUCUUGCAGCAAAAGGCUUUCGAAGUGUCCGGCCAAAUCUACAGGAAAAGAAAUCGCCAACUCAGGCACCCCCACUACCUCCUAGGAAGGAAAGUUUGGGUAGAUCUGGAAUAACUAAUCAAAAGAAGAGUGUAAAUAACGUUGGGUUCAUAACAACCAAACAGACUAAGAAAUCUCCUCCUGAUGCUGACUACUAUACUAAUAAUGAACUUCAUCGGAGGACAGUGCAUUCUAAAAAAUCUAAUGCUGGUGUGUCUUACACACACAGAAUUACUAAACCACUGACCCUGGUGUCUAGCACAAAAACAAUAGCUGGCAUUCGAACUACUGUUCGUCAAGGCCACAAACAGUCUCAAAAGCGUAGAGUCUGUGCCCUGAAAUUAACUCAGGCACGCAAUGCAUCUAGUAGAGUUCCUUCUCAUACACAGCAACAGCCUGUGCCUGCUGAAGCAUCGGCAACUUCACAGAGGUCAGCCUCACCUGCCUGUAACCCUGUCCCUGAGAUACAGAAAGCAUCACUCUCCGUUCAGAUAGCUCCCAUCCCUGAUACGAAAGCAGCGCCUGAAAGCCAACAACAUCCACCUAGGCUUUCUCCAGACACUUCCAAGACGCCUCCAAACAAUAUGCAUCCAAUGCCUACAGCUCCUUCUGCACAGUCCACAGAAUGCAAUGUGCUUGGAACCCAGAAAGUAACUGCCAGUGUGAUGGAGACACAAAUAACAGUGAAUGGGAACUCUAGUUCAGCAGCAAGCCCAAUGAGCCACUUCCAAAGGCCUUUCUCACCUUCUUCCGCCUACUCCCCCCCAAUAUCGCUCAAUUCAAGCACAGUUCACCUGCAGCGGAGCAGGACAAUUGAAUCCACAGAGACAUACUCACAGCAUGCUCAUUCUGUUGGCGGCAGCAGCAGCACCAGCACAAUACCAAUCUGUAGAACUUCGGAGGAAGAGAAGAAAGUCACGGUCAUUAAAGCACCACAUUAUGCAGGGAUUGGCCCAGUAGACGAAUCAGGAAUCCCAACUGCAAUUAGAACGACAGUUGACAGGCCGAAGGAUUGGUAUAAGACGAUGUUCAAGCAAAUCCACAUGGUUCACAAGCCUGAUGAUGACACAGACAUGUAUAAUACUGCAUAUGCAUAUAAUACGGGUAACUUCAGCCCAUCCUAUUCUGCUCAAGCACAUCCAGCUGCCAAGACUCAGACAUACAGACCAUUGACAAAAAGUACUUCUGACAAUGGCACGGAGACCUUUAAGGUCUCAUCUCCUGUACCUCCACCACCACCUGUACCACCAAUUCGACCACGGCAAAGAUCAGUACCAGAAAAAAAUGAGUGGGAACCUCCAGACAGAAAGGUAGACACACGCAAAUUCCGUUCAGAACCAAGAAGUAUUUUUGAAUAUGAGCCUGGGAAAUCCUCUAUCCUGGAACAUGAAAGACCAACUGAUCGCAUAAACCCAGAUGACAUAGAUUUAGAAAAUGAACCCUGGUAUAAAUUCUUUUCAGAGCUGGAGUUUGGACGCCCGCCUCCUAAAAAGCUUUUGGAUUAUGUUCAAGACCAUCCUCCAGGUCUUUCCAAUGAGACAUCCUUGUAUUAUAGUCCAACAGACAGAGGUCUGGACCGACCUUCUAGUUCUGCAAGUACUGCGAGCGAUUAUAGAAAACGAAGGAAGUCAGAGCCUGCAGUAACUCAUCAGAAGGCACAGGGCGAUCAACAUGUCAAUCGAACCAGCUUGGGUCGUACAGAUACACGGGGCACAUAUUCUACACUUAGGGAACCUGUUACAAGCUCUUCCCCAUCUUCUCCUUCAAGAACAAAAGGUGGGGAUAUUAGCAAAGUCUGUUCAUCCCUUUCCAACUACUCAAUGCCCAACCACAGCGCCUCCAAUGAAUUAGAUUACUGUAGGACCUACGGACAACGUUUGUCUGUCCCAGGUGACUCAAGAAGGGCUGUCAUGUACAAGAAUGGCUGGCAGAUGGCCCGUCAAAAUGCAGAAGUCUGGAGUAGCACCGAAGAGACCUCCUCUCCCAAGCGGAAAUCUCGCAGCUGCGAUGACUUGCUAGCAGAUGAUCAUUGUAGCUUUCCCAGUGCCCAGAAUAAAUCUGAAAGCAUGGUAACUCUACUUUGUGAAGAAGAUUCCAAAGAUGGUUCUUCCCCUACUUGGGCCUCCGAAAGCCAGGGUUCCAGUCGGUCAAGGGCACGACAUAGAUCUGCACACGAUGCUCCGGGGUUCCUGAAAAUGUAUAGGAGGAUGCACCGCAUCAAUCGCAAGGACUUGCUCAAUUCCGAAGUGAUUUGUUCUGUAAAAUCUAGAGUAUUGCAAUAUGAGAAAGAGCAGCCUGCAGACCUGUUACAGAGCUGGAAAGAAUCCUCCACCGAGGAGGUGCCAAGAGACAUGGUUCCCAACCGCAUAUCCGAAUUUGAAAAGCUAAUUCAGAAAUCAAAAUCCAUGCCAAACUUAGGGGAAGAAGCAUUAUCCGCAGCAAGCCUCCUCGAACCCCCUAAAAAUGGUUUCUGUGCAAACAGGCGGUUUUCUAUUGAGUCCUUACUGGAAGAAGAAAAUCAAGACAGACACACUGCUCAGGGACAAAGGAAUUUCACACCUAAAACUCUGGUGCCAAUUCACAUUGAAGUGACGAGUGAGGAGCCACAAAGAUCUCAUCUGGAAUAUUCAGACAGUGACCAGGAUGGGGUGGUCUCAGACCUCAGUGACUUCAUACAGAUAGAAGGGUCAUCUUUUUGUAGUGAAAGUGAUUUUGACCACUUUUCCUUUACAUCUUCAGAAAGCUUUUAUGGGUCAGGCCACCACCAUCAUCACCACCAUCACCACCACCACCAUCACAAGCAUCUCAUCAGCUCCUGCAAAGGGAGGUGCCCAGCGUCAUAUACCCGCUUCACUACGAUGCUCAAGCAUGAAAGGGCUAAACAGGAACCUACUCUAGAAGAACCUAGAAGGCAAGACUCUGACUCUGGCCUCUCCAAGAUAGCCUUCCUAGUCAGCCCAGUGCCUUUUCGCAGGAAAAAGAACACUGCCCCAAAAAAGCAGUCAGGAAAGACUAAAUGCAAAUCAUCUGUUUUUGAUGCUCUGGACUCUGCUCUUAAGGAUAUCUGUGACCAAAUCAAAGCAGAAAAAAGAAGGGGAAGCUUACCUGACAACAGCAUAUUGCACAGACUUAUUUCUGAAUUGCUUCCAGACAUUCCUGAAAGGAAUUCUUCCCUUAAAGCUCUUAGAAAGAGUCCUGUGCACCAGCCUUUACAUCCACUGCCUCAAGAUGGUGCUAUUCAUUGCCCCUUAUACCAGAAUGAAUGUGGAAGAUUACCUCUUAGUGCCUCUUACCAAGACGAGGAUACAACCAACCACAGCAGUCAAGACAAUGAUAGUGCACUGUGUUUCCAAGACCAGGAGUCUCCUGGGAACUAUUCUUCUGCUUUCACUGAUGUGGGUCGAAGUGCUCCAAAAGAAAGAAGAGGAAUUCCAGAGAGAGAGAGAGUGCCAGCUAGAGCAAUAUAUGAUUUUAAGGCUCAAACUGCUAAGGAGCUGUCUUUUAAGAAAGGAGAUACUGUCUAUAUUCUCAGGAAGGUGGAUCAAAACUGGUAUGAGGGCGAACAUUACGGACGAGUUGGAAUUUUCCCUAUUUCUUAUGUUGAGAAACUUACUCCCCCAGAAAAAGCACAGCCAGCCAGGCCACCACCCCCAGCACACAUUGCAGAGAUUGGAGAAGCUGUUGCCAAAUAUAAUUUCAAUGCAGAUACAAAUGUGGAAUUGUCAGUAAGGAAGGGAGACAGAGUAAUUCUCCUUAGACGGGUUGAUCAAAACUGGUAUGAAGGCAAACUACCAGGAACCAACAGACAAGGAAUCUUCCCCGUGUCUUAUGUAGAAGUCAUCAAAAAGAACACAGCCAAAGGCGUCGAUGACUGUCCUGCUCCGCCAAUACCCCAGAGCUACUCUAGUGACAGAAUACACCAUUUAGGUUCAACUAAGUUGGAUCCCAAAACAACAUCCAUUCCUCUCAGGUACCAAUCCUCUUCUUGUCCAGAAUCUAAUAAAGAGCAUCUUCAGGCUGUCACCGAUGAAUGGUUGUCACUGACUCUUGGCUUUUCAUCUCCAAGCACACCUUCCCCUUCUCCUCCACCUUUUCCUAAAAGCUUUCUUUCUGAUUUAGAGGAACUCAGUUCUGUAGCUCUAACAGAUUCACAAAGUGUACCAGGUCUCUCAGAUAAUCUUGCUCCACCAGUAAAGCAUGGCCAUUUCGUUCCAAUUACCUCACCAAAGGCUCCCCACUCGUUCCCUGAACCUCCAUCUUCACCUCAGUCAUUUCCUUCAUCUACCUGUAAAUCACCUCCUCCAGCAACUCGGUUUCAUAGCAGAGCGUAUAAGCCUGAAUGUAACAAUUUCAAAGAUAUGAGAGGAACCUCCACUAUCAACGAAAGGAAAAACAUCUCAGACAUGACUCCAGAAGCACAAGGAAGAGCAGGUGCUCCAAAAGGCCCAGUACCCAAAAUACUGACAGAGAUUGAUGAACAGGAAGAAGAAAUCUGUGAAGAGCUGCUGUCGAUAAUCCAAGGGGGCCAGUCAAAGUGUAAAGAUUCAGGUUUCUACAGACGUGCCCCUGAUGUAACAGAACAACUAGCAAGGCUUCAUAUAGAGGAAGAGACAGGCCAUGACUCUUCAGAGUCUUUGUUCACAAUUCAGAAAGAGCCUAUGGUAUAUUUGGAAGGGGACAGUUCACCAGAUACUAAAAAAGAGCCCCAGCGUCCUGUGUUUACUCAUGAAAAUAUACACAGUGGGGGGGAACCGUUUCAGGUUCUGUAUAACUAUACUCCUAGGAAUGAAGAUGAAUUGGAGCUGAGAGAGGGAGAUGUCAUUGAUGUGAUGGAAAAGUGUGAUGAUGGAUGGUUUGUGGGAACGUCCAGAAGAACAAAAUUCUUUGGUACUUUCCCUGGGAACUAUGUCAAGAGGCUGUGAAAUGUUGUUUGUUUCUCUCUCCUCCCCCCCUCUUAAUUAUUUAUGCUGCAUUUCUACAACACAUCUGCAUAUAAAGCUGCUAGAAAACAUGCUCCACCAGCCUUCUGUUUUCCUGCUUUGCAGUUCCAGGUAGAAAUCACCUAGUUCAUCUUCGCCAUUCCCAUCUUCAUCUGCCAGCCAGCAGUAUUAUCGUAACAGCUAUGAUGGGAUAAUAACUGAGCUUUUAUGAAACAAGAGGAAUUAGUUCAGCAUUUAGAAUAACUCUCCUUUUUUGUGUGUGCAUCAAAUCCUUGGCUGCUCCCCCACGAAUUUGAAAUAUGAAUAUAAGGAAAAAGCUUAGUGCAAGGUGCAUUGUGACACUUUAAGUUACCAAUGUUAUUUGAAAUAAUUUGCAGCACUGUUCUUAAGAAAAAAAAAUCUACCUUUACUUCAUAUAUAGAGCAGGUUGUGGUUCACUACUUUUUAACUUUUUUUAAGUUUUCACAUUCUUUUUAAGUUCAGUAGCAUACGUUGCUUUCACUUUGCUGUGUCACACAUUUGCCUGUUUUCACCCAAUUGCAAUACAAGAUAAUUACUAAAAUAGAUAGUUUCCCUGCCCUUUUGUCCUGCAGUGUAUGCAGAGUGGUUGUAAAAUCUCAGGCAGAAGGAAUUAAACAGAGGAAUUGGUACUAGAAUAUGUGCUAAGCAUGGUUCCCAGCUAGAGCUCUUAAGACUUUGUAAGUCAUGGGAUGAGGGAAUCAGGAGUCCAUUAUAUCCUCCCUUUUCUUUUCCAAAUAAGAGCAGUUUCACGUAUGAAUGAUACCUGCAAAUAUAGGAAGGUGUAGAUAUUGGAGUUUAAACUUCCCAUAUUUGCACCUAUUAACAUCUGAAGCAGAUAAAUUAUGCUUCCAAUGCAGUAAAGUGUGUCACAGAGAAAAUGUGCAGUCAUAAUCAUGCAUUAAUGAUAUGUACAAAUAAAGAAAGUGUGAGCAGGAAAUGUCCUAAGCAGAGAGGGACUGCACAGAAAGGUGAGUGCGCCCAGAGCAAUUAUGGCACAUGUAUAUCUUACAGGGAACUUGAUCAAGUUCCCAUUUCCUGCACAUACAGGAAACAUGUCAUGUGUCCUCACGUAUUUGUGCAUAUUUUUAACAUCUGAAGCAUGUCCAUAUUUGUAGCUUAGCAUUGAACAAAUGCAGAAUGUGAAAAAUGUAAGUUAACCACAGGCUAUUAUGAAGCAAGCCAACGGAGUCCUCCGCUCUGUCACAAAAUAAUGUGAUAACAACAAAGUAUCUGAAAGUCCAGUAUUCAAAUGCAUUUCUCAUACGUAGCUUUGGCAAGAUAAAAACAAUGCUAGUACAUGUUUUUACUGUAACAUAGUCACUGAAGAGGAGCGAGAGAAGGGGCAUCCACAGAAAAUAUCACAUAAUGUUAUUACUUUGCUACAUACGUUUGCACAUGAAUUUUAAGAAAUAUAUUUUGGUUUUUUAGCAAUGGAGCAUUAAAAGUAAGAAACAACAACAAAAAGGCACAAACAUGAAAGUCACUGUAUGCGAGCGAAUUAUCAUCCCUUGGUUUAAUGAGAAGUAUUGGAAUACAGUAUUUGUUUUCUGUAUACAGCAUAAAUAGCAUAGGGUGGAAAAUACAUGACUUCCCAUAUCUAUAGCUUUAUGCAAAGCAGCCCAGAUUUGGUUUUGCUGGCACCUUAAGGAAGGCAAAAACAAAGUGAGAUAUAACAAUUUUAACUACAUUUCUUUUGUGGUAAAAGACAGAUCUUGCAAAUUUGUCAUCUUGUAGCAUUUUGUACAUAUGUUUGCUUUUUUGUACAGAGCGAUUUUAUUGUUCAUUGUUUUAGCAGAGAGAGAGAGAGAGGAAAAAAUCAAGUUGUUUAUUUGAUCUUCAGCCCACUCCCUUUCCACUAAUAAAAUAUCAUCCUUGUCUUCUUUAUUUGCCCCAUCCUCUGUAUAAGCACAUUUGGAUAGUGCAAUUCUGUAAAAUAGCAUUCGAUGCAAAGUUUUAUGAAUUAUAAUAUGGUUUUACCAGCCAAAUCUUUAAACUUGUAUAUACGUCUUUAUUAUGGAGAAAUGUCAGUAAGACAGAUAAAGAAUCACCUUUGUCCAGCAUACCUUUAUUACUACAAAUUUCAUGGCAAAAGCUUUAUCUUUCAAAGGCUUUCCAUUAUAAACUUAGAUGUGCAUGCAGCUUUGCUGUGAAAUCAAUACUUUGAUGCCAUUUAUGAUGGGAGACUUAAAUGUCUGUUGCCUGUGAUAUUUAAAAAAGAAGCACUGUUUCUACUCUGUAUCUGAUUUUAAUAGAACAAGUUUUUCAUACCUGGCUUUCAGGUAAUUGACUUUGAAUUCUUACAUGCAAGAGGUAUCUGUGUUUUUUCCUUGAAUAGACUUCUAAUAAAAUUUGCUUGGAGUAUA